UUCCGUUCGAUGGAACAUGAAAUUUGAGCGCCGCGAUGUUGAUCAAUCGUUUCCGACACCUCGUUCUGCUAGGUAUUCUCGCGCCACGCUUCGCAGAACCGACCAACUCGACGACGAUGACACACCCAAACGACCCGUUUGUGAGGUCCGAGAGAGAAGCUGGCAUUAAUUAUUUGAUAUUCCCCCAAGGCAGCAACGUUCAACUCGUCUAUUGCCUAACUGUGAGCACGUACUCGAAGCCCCAAGGAAUGUUCGUCAUCGGUGUCACUGCCGGGUUGGCGUGGGAACUACCCUAUAGAAAUACCGUGCCAUACGGGAAGCCAGCCGAGGUUUAUCAUCGUCGAAGCAGAAGAGAGUUAUAUCGUAAAGUGGAGCUAAUGUUAAGAACUCAGGAAAAGGACGGCAAGGCCUGCGUCCUGAAGGCGAUCUGCAAGGCAGCCGGCCGUAGGCGCGAAGACGUGGGAAAGGGAAGCUUCCUGGAGGAGAUUCUGCACGCUGCAUUCACUCUACCCGGAGGACAUUACGACAUCGAUCCGAUGACCGAAUACGAGCGAAGUUACCACUUGGGUGAGAAUUGCGACGAGAUGCACGCCAAGUGUCCAGAUGUCUUCUAA